AUGAGUGACCAUGGGACCUGGAAGAGGAACUUUCCGGAAGUUGUCCGUGUGGCCCAUGUUGCGGACUGCAAGUACCACGACGUGGAGAUGAAGCUGUCCGGCAACGGGCCCUGGGAUUUGGGAGUUGCGGGCCUGACAGCCUACCAUGUCCCCGGGCACUCGGAGGGUUCCGUCUUCUACGCCAGCUCAAAGCUCGCUGCCUUGUUUACCGGGGACAGCUUCGGCUUCUGGUCAGCACCCACCGGCUUCCCGGGCUUCGCUCGCUUUGGCCGCGCCCGCCAAGCCGCCUCCUUGCGGGGCUUCGCUCGGCAGGGGCCGUUUCUGCCAGCGGUGCUGCCGAGCCACGGCGACCCCAUGUAUUUCGAGAACGCGCAGCAGCGUGAGGAAGCUUUCAACCAAGCGGCAUCCGAGUUGGAGGGUUCUUGGUGGUGA